GAGCCGACCCACGCUGGUCACACGCCAUGUGGCGCUGCGGAGGGUGUUCUGCGCUGAGUACAUUUCGGAGGUUGAGAGGCAGCAGUGCACACAACGGAGUAUGGCGAUGGAAGAGUGACACAGCUUGUGAGAGGGCUCUACAGUAUAAAGUGGGAGAGAAGAUCCAUGGGUUCACCAUCACCCAGGUAACAUCUGUUCCUGAACUGUUCCUCACCGCAGUGAAGCUCAGCCAUGACAACACAGGAGCUAGAUAUUUACACCUGGCCAGAGAUGACACCAAUAAUUUGUUCAGUGUGCAGUUUCGCACCACGCCCUUGGAUAGUACUGGUGUUCCUCAUAUUCUUGAGCAUACAGUCCUGUGUGGUUCUAAGAAAUACCCAUGUCGAGAUCCUUUCUUCAAAAUGCUCAACAGGUCCUUGUCUACCUUUAUGAACGCCUUCACAGCUAGCGAUUAUACCCUGUAUCCAUUCUCCACGCAAAAUCAUAAGGAUUUUCAGAAUCUCCUCUCGGUGUAUUUGGAUGCAACAUUUUUUCCAUGCUUGCGAGAAUUAGAUUUCUGGCAGGAAGGCUGGCGACUAGAACAUGAGAAUCCCAGUGACCCCAACACACCCUUCAUCUUCAAAGGAGUUGUCUUUAAUGAGAUGAAGGGGGCAUUUACAGAUAACGAGAGGAUAUUCUCACAGCACCUUCAGAACAGACUUCUUCCUGACCAUACUUACUCAGUGAUCUCUGGUGGUGAUCCGUUGUGCAUCCCUGAACUCACAUGGGAGCAACUUAAACAGUUUCAUGCUACUCACUAUCACCCAAGCAACGCCAGGUUCUUCACCUAUGGUAAUUUUCCAUUGGAGAAGCAUCUGAGACAAAUUGAUGAAGAAGCACUGUGUAAAUUUCAGAAAAUUGAACCCAAUACCACAGUGCCUGCACAGAAGCCCUGGGACAAGCCCAGAGAAUUCCAGAUAACAUGUGGCCCGGAUUCCUUUGCUGCAGAUCCUGCUAAACAAACAACAGUCAGUGUUAGCUUCCUGUUACCAGAUAUCACUGACACCUUUGAAGCCUUCACCUUAAGUCUUUUGUCUUCACUCUUGAUUUCUGGGCCCAACUCUCCCUUCUACAAAGCCCUGAUUGAAUCUGGACUUGGCACAGACUUCUCUCCUGAUGUUGGUUAUAAUGGGUACACCAGGGAGGCCUACUUCAGCGUUGGUCUCCAGGGGAUUGCGGAGAAAGACAUUCAGACUGUCAGAAACCUUGUAGACCAAACGAUUGAUGAAGUCGCGGAGAAAGGAUUUGAAGAUGAUCGAAUUGAAGCUUUACUUCAUAAAAUCGAAAUACAAAUGAAGCAUCAGUCUACAAGCUUUGGACUUACCCUGACAUCAUACAUAGCUUCUUGCUGGAAUCAUGAUGGGGACCCUGUGGAACUCCUGAAGUUGGGAAAUCAGUUGACUAAAUUCAGGCAAUGUCUUAAGGAAAAUCCAACGUUUUUACAAGAAAAAGUAAAACAGUAUUUUAAGAAUAAUCAGCAUAAGCUGACCUUAUCGAUGAAACCAGAUGACAAGUAUCAUGAGAAACAAGCUCAGAUGGAAACAGAAAAACUAAAGCAGAAGGUCAACUCUCUGUCCUUGGAAGAUAAGCAGCAGAUCUAUGAGAAAGGUCUAGAGUUACGGUCUCAACAAAGUAAACCUCACGAUGCCUCUUGUCUACCUGCAUUGAAGGUCUCGGACAUUGAGCCCACUAUACCUCAUACGGAGUUGGCUGUGGCCUUGGCAGCUGGAGAAACCCCUGUUCAGUACUGUGCCCAGCCCACCAAUGGCAUGGUGUACUUCCGAGCCUUUUCUAGCUUGAACACGCUUCCUGAGGAGCUGCGGCCCUACGUGCCACUCUUCUGCAGCGUCCUGACCAAGCUAGGCUGUGGCAUUCUGAACUACAGAGAACAAGCUCAGCAAAUAGAGCUCAAAACAGGAGGCAUGACCGUUUCUCCUCAUGUGCUCCCCGACGAUUCCCAUCUGGACACAUACGAACAGGGUGUGCUUUUUUCAUCUCUCUGCCUAGAUCGAAACCUACCAGACAUGAUGCAUCUAUGGAGUGAAAUAUUUAACAACCCAUGUUUUGAAGAAGAGGAGCACUUCAAAGUAUUAGUUAAGAUGACUGCUCAGGAGCUCUCCAAUGGGAUUCCAGACUCUGGGCAUCUCUAUGCAUCCAUCCGGGCAAGCAGGACCCUCACGCCUGCGGGGGACUUGCAGGAGACUUUCAGCGGGAUGGACCAGGUGAGGUUGAUGAAGAGAAUUGCAGAGAUGACAGACAUCAGACCAGUCUUGAGAAAGUUCCCCCGUAUUAAGAAACAUUUAUUAAACUGCGAUAACAUGAGGUGUUCUGUGAAUGCCACACCCCAGCAGAUGUCUCAGACAGAAAAGGCGGUGGAAAACUUCAUUAGAAAUGUUGGUCGAAGUAAAAAGGAGCGGAGACCUGUCCGCCCACAUGUGGUUGAGAAACCUGUACAAAGUGGCUCUGGUGGAAAUGCACACAUUAAUGGUUCCCCGAUCAUAAGAAAGCUGAUCACUGACCCCACCUUCACACCUUGCCAGAUGAAGACACACUUCCUGCUACCUUUCCCAGUCAACUAUGUUGGCGAGUGUGUUAGAACUGUGCCCUACACAGAUCCAGAUCAUGCCAGUCUUAAGAUCCUUGCACGUUUGAUGACUGCUAAAUUCUUGCAUACAGAAAUUCGAGAAAAAGGGGGUGCUUACGGUGGAGGAGCUAAACUCAGCCACAGUGGAAUUUUUACUUUUUACUCCUACAGGGAUCCAAAUUCAAUAGAAACACUCCAAUCUUUUGCAAAGGCUGUCGACUGGGCUAAGUCUGGAAAAUUCACACAGCAGGACAUUGAUGAGGCGAAACUUUCUGUUUUCUCUGCUGUAGAUGCCCCCGUUGCUCCUUCAGACAAAGGAAUGGACCACUUCCUGUACGGCCUGUCGGAUGAGAUGAAGCAGGUGCACAGGGAGCAGCUCUUCGCUGUCAGCCACGACAAACUCACCGCUGUGAGCAACAAGUACCUCGGUGUUGGGAAGAGCACGCAUGGUUUGGCUCUACUUGGACCUGAGAAUGCAAAGAUUGCAAAGGACCCAUCAUGGAUAAUAAAAUAACUGGUCAUGAGUA